CCGUUGCGCUGUGGUAGUCUGUUGUAUGUAUGUACAGCUUCCUUACAUGAGGUGGCGUCUACGCGGUGAUUAUUUUGUGCGUAGGUGCUGGUGCAAGUUAGUAGCAAGUUAGCAGUUGGUAUUCUGAAAAUUACCAGUAGGCAGUAAGGAAACCGGUUCAGUGCACAUUGAUCGCUGUGGCGGUAUGCUGUCAGACAUAAUUCUCUUUGGAACCUUGCUGCUGAACGCCGGUGCCGUAAUAAACUUUAAGCUGCCAACUGCUCGGGAUGAAGGAUUCAUAGAGAAAAUGGAGACGACAGCUGGUAGCAAGAUCUGCGAUCUCCUUGGCACCAUUCGCUACUUCAGGGCUUUGAUUGGUCUCUGGAACAUUCUAGUGAUGUUCCUUAUGCUGAUGUUCUUCAGUUCUUGAUGAAACCAAGCCCUACAACAGCAAAGUGGGAUGUCUUGAUGAAUAAAGGUCCUUGGAGAGUAGA